AUGGUACUUCAAGAACCACUUCUUGACAUUGCUAAUCAAAUUGUCACAGAAAAUAUACCAUCCUCCCAUUCAAACGACUCAAAAGAUAUAGCUUUCAGCAUUUCCCCUUUCUGUCUACAAGAUGAUACUCCUUUAAUUUUAAAAGAUACAACAUCGGCUGGAGUCAGUCAACAACCUGUAUAUCCCCUUUCUGGAGAGAACAUAGAUACCACAGAUUCUGCUGUAGAGGAAUUUUCCAAAAUAGUUCAUACCACAGAAAGGAGUGGAUGUGAAAAGCAGUUUGCUCUCAUGGACAACAAGGAAAACGAAUGCAAUAAUACUUCAAACUCCAUUAACUCCAAACAAUUCGAAUAUGAAAUUAGUGAAUACGUAAAUCCUACCAAGCUAUACAUCACGAGAAAGAGAAAAGAGAACUACCAAAUUUCUCCGGUGUACUCUAAUGAAAGUGACGUAGAUUUAAGUGACACUGAUCCGAUCUACAAAGGGGAGCAAGACGACAAAAUGGAAAAAAUACAAAUUUUCAGUAGAAGUAACAGCUCUUCGACUUCUAAUGAUACUUCCAGUUCGUCUUCUAGCGAUACUUCCAGGUCGUCUUCAUCGACGUCAUCAGGAGAAAAUACCCCAUCGACAUCUAAAAAUACUAAAAAACGAACGCGAAAUCCUGAAAAAUGGAAACAAAACCUAACAAAACGGUUAAGAAAUACCGGUCAAUCCUAUGUCUCGAUGUCAAAAUCCAAGAAAAUCUUUGCAGCUAGGAGUGUCAAGCCGCCUUGCCCUGGAAAAUGCCGACUCAAAUGCAAGGAUAACAUAAAUGAGAAUGAAAGAGCUUCUAUAUUUGAAAAAUUCUGGAAUUUAUCGGAUAUAAACAAACAGCGUUUGUUUGUACAAUUUUGUUUGCGAAAUGUCUCACCCAGGUACAAAUACACGAAUGCUGAGAGACCAAGAGAAGAAAAUAAAGCAUUUUACUUCACAACUGAUAAUGAUCGAGUAAGAGUAUGUAAAGUAUUUUUCAAAAAUACACUGGAUAUAACCGAUCGUAUGAUUCGAACCACAAUAGCAAAAAUUGAUCUAAAUGGAUUCGUAAGCGAUGAUCUUCGAGGCACUCAUACAAGUCAUACUGAAAUUGAUCCAGAACUGCUCGCAGAUAUAAAAAACCACAUUAACUCUAUUCCACGCAUAGAAUCCCAUUAUCUUCGUGCCAACACAACACGCAUUGAUGAAGAGGAUGACGAUAUCUUACAUACUGAGGAUGAAGACAGUGAUGUCUAA